AUGCAUGGGAAUCAGGGUAAGCAGAUGAAGCAUGUGAUGCAAAGGAAGCAGGGGAAGCAGGUGAAGCAUGUGAUGCAAGGGAAGCAGGGGAAGCAGGUUAAGCAAGGGAAGCAGAGAAAGCCGGGGAAGCAGAGGAAACAAGGGAAGCAGAGAAAGCAGGGGAAGCAGAGGAAACAAGGGAAUCAGAGAAAGCAGGGGAAGCAGAGGAAACAAGGGAAGCAGAAGAAGCAGGGGAAGCAGAGGGAAACAAGGGAAUCAGAGAAAGCAGGGGAAGCAGAGGAAACAAGGGAAGCAGAGAAAGCAGGGGAAGCAGAGGGAAACAAGGGAAUCAGAGAAAGCAGGGGAAGCAGAGGAAACAAGGGAAGCAGAGAAAGCAGGGGAAGCAGAGGAAACAAGGGAAGCAGAGAAAGCAGGGGAAGCAGAGGAAACAAGGGAAGCAGAGAAAGCAGGGGAAGCAGAGGAAACAAGGGAAGCAGAGGAAGCAGAGGAAACAAGGGAAGCAGGGGAAGCAGAGGGCAACAAGGAAGCAGAGAAAGCAGGGGAAGCAGAGGGAAACAAGGGAAGCAGAGAAAGCAGGGGAAGCAGAGGGAAACAAGGGAAGCAGAAGAAGCAGGGGAAGCAGAGGAAACAAGCGAAGCAGAAGAAGCAGGGGAAGCAGAGGGAAACAAGGGAAGCAGAAGAAGCAGGGGAAGCAGAGGAAACAAGGGAAUCAGAAGAAGCAGGGGAAGCAGAGGGAAACAAGGGAAUCAGAGAAAGCGGGGGAAGCAGAGGAAACAAGGGAAGCAGAAGAAGCAGGGGAAGCAGAGGGAAACAAGGGAAGCAGAGGAAGCAGAGGGAAACAAGGGAAGCAGAAGAAGCAGGGGAAGCAGAGGGAAACAAGGGAAGCAGAAGAAGCAGGGGAAGCAGAGGGAAACAAGGGAAGCAGAGAAAGCAGGGGAAGCAGAGGGAAACAAGGGAAGCAGAGAAAGCAGGGGAAGCAGAGGGAAACAAGGGAAGCAGAGAAAGCAGGGGAAGCAGAGGGAAACAAGGGAAGCAGAAGAAGCAGGGGAAGCAGAGGGAAACAAGGUAAUCAGAGAAAGCGGGGGAAGCAGAGGAAACAAGGGAAGCAGAAGAAGCAGGGGAAGCAUAGGGAAACAAGGGAAGCAGAGGGAAACAAGGGAAGCAGAGAAAGCAGGGGAAGCAGAGGGAAACAAGGGAAGCAGAAGAAGCAGGGGAAGCAGAGGAAACAAGCGAAGCAGAAGAAGCAGGGGAAGCAGAGGGAAACAAGGGAAGCAGAAGAAGCAGGGGAAGCAGAGGAAACAAGGGAAUCAGAAGAAGCAGGGGAAGCAGAGGGAAACAAGGGAAUCAGAGAAAGCGGGGGAAGCAGAGGAAACAAGGGAAGCAGAAGAAGCAGGGGAAGCAGAGGGAAACAAGGGAAGCAGAGGAAGCAGAGGGAAACAAGGGAAGCAGAAGAAGCAGGGGAAGCAGAGGGAAACAAGGGAAGCAGAAGAAGCAGGGGAAGCAGAGGGAAACAAGGGAAGCAGAGAAAGCAGGGGAAGCAGAGGGAAACAAGGGAAGCAGAGAAAGCAGGGGAAGCAGAGGGAAACAAGGGAAGCAGAGAAAGCAGGGGAAGCAGAGGGAAACAAGGGAAGCAGAAGAAGCAGGGGAAGCAGAGGGAAACAAGGUAAUCAGAGAAAGCGGGGGAAGCAGAGGAAACAAGGGAAGCAGAAGAAGCAGGGGAAGCAGAGGGAAACAAGGGAAGCAGAGGGAAACAAGGGAAGCAGAGAAAGCAGGGGAAGCAGAGGGAAACAAGGGAAGCAGAGAAAGCAGGGGAAGCAGAGGGAAACAAGGGAAGCAGAGAAAGCAGGGGAAGCAGAGGGAAACAAGGGAAGCAGAAGAAGCAGGGGAAGCAGAGGGAAACAAGGUAAUCAGAGAAAGCGGGGGAAGCAGAGGAAACAAGGGAAGCAGAAGAAGCAGGGGAAGCAGAGGGAAACAAGGGAAGCAGAGGGAAACAAGGGAAGCAGAGAAAGCAGGGGAAGCAGAGGGAAACAAGGGAAGCAGAGAAAGCAGGGGAAGCAGAGGGAAACAAGGGAAGCAGAGAAAGCAGGGGAAGCAGAGGGAAACAAGGGAAGCAGAAGAAGCAGGGGAAGCAGAGGGAAACAAGGGAAGCAGAGAAAGCUGGGGAAGCAAAGGCGACGUUUUAACCGAAUGGUCCAUUCCCUUGCUGUUUCUCAGUCUCCCUCUGUGUGUAACAUUAAGUAA